AUGGAAAUUCAGAGGAAGACCCAAAUUCAUCAAAUGCCAAAAAAAGCAAGCCAUUAUUUAAAACAUCAGAGGUGCUAUUUCUCUUGUGGCCUUCUAGAUACUUUGUGCCCUAAACCAUAUUCCACCCAGACUCCUCUUGACAGGGUUUUUUCUACUUUUAAACAGUUUCUAAAUAAAGUUCUGUUAUUUCAAGAAUGCAACUGUCUGCUGGAGUGUCAUGUUCUUGUGGGUCUGGUUCUGUUCUGGGCCCCCAGAGAUCCCAGUUUCUUUGCUUGGAAGUUGCCCAGCAUCAGAUUGCUACUAAGGGCACCACACUGCAACCCUGUGGACACAAUUUGUACCAGUUUUGUGAAAGAACGUCUUGAGGAUGAGCUUCAGUGUGUUCCUCCCGAUAUCCCUUGCUAG